GCUACUGCGCAUGAGCAGAACACUCACUCACACACGCACACACACAUAUACAUACACACAACUACAGAGUCGAGCAAGCCGUGUAUUAUGCCGCUUCGAUGCAAUAAAAAGCUACCGGAAAAUCUGCAAGGAAACGCUACCGGAGCUGCUUGGAGUGAAAGUAAUAAAGUAUUGCUGACGCUCAGGUCCUGAGAUGGGAUGUGUCUGUCGUGGAGGGAGUAAGGAGAAGAAAGAGGAACUCUGUAAUCAUUAGAGAAAUACAUCCAGAUCCAACCUCGAUCGAGCCACGUUCUCCUCUCCGCUGUCCACGAUGUCGGCGGUCACAUCUCCCACCCAGGCUGCUCCCGCUAUAGUCAACCCCCCUCCACCUGAAGUGACGAACACCAGCAAGCCUGGCCGAAAAACCAACCAGCUCCAGUACAUGCAGAAUGUUGUGGUGAAGACGUUGUGGAGGCAUCAGUUUGCAUGGCCUUUUUACACACCUGUGGAUGCCAUCAAAUUAAAUCUUCCAGACUAUCACAAAGUCAUCAAGAACCCAAUGGAUAUGGGGACGAUCAAGAAGAGACUUGAGAAUAAUUACUACUGGACAGCUGGUGAAUGCAUGCAGGAUUUCAACACUAUGUUCACAAACUGUUAUAUAUAUAACAAGCCUACAGAUGAUAUUGUUCUUAUGGCUCAAGCUUUGGAAAAAAUUUUCCUCCAGAAGGUGGCACAGAUGCCCCAGGAGGAGGUGGAACUGCUGCCACCACCUCCGAAAGGCAAGGCACGCAAGCCGGGUUCUGUUCCUGCUUCAGAAGCUCAGCAAGCUUCAGCACUGUCCUCGACCUCCCCGUCCUCAUCAUGUCCAAGCUCUCCUCCGCAGCCGCCUCAAACUCCUGUAAUUGCAGCGACACCUGUACCGACCAUCACCUCUAACGUCCAGGCGGUUCCACCAGCUGCACCCAUGAUCCCAAGCGCACAGCCUGUUGUCAAAAAGAAGGGGGUAAAGCGGAAAGCCGACACUACCACUCCCACCACCUGUGCUAUCACAGCCAGCAGAGGUGAGUCUCCAACUCCCCUGUUGGACUCCAAACACAGCAAGGUGAUCUCCAGACGCGAAAGCACCGGCCGACCCAUCAAACCCCCGAAGAAGGACUUGGACGAUGGUGAGCUCCUGCAGCAGGGGAGCAAGAAGAGCAAACUGAGCGACCACCUCAAAUACUGUGACACCAUCCUGAAAGAGAUGCUGUCCAAGAAGCACGCCGCCUACGCUUGGCCUUUCUAUAAACCCGUGGAUGCAGCAGCACUGGAGCUGCAUGACUACCAUGAAAUCAUCAAGCAACCUAUGGACCUCAGUACAGUCAAAAAAAAAAUGGACAGCAGAGAGUACCAAGAUGCCCAAAGCUUUGCAGCAGAUGUCCGGUUAAUGUUCUCAAAUUGCUAUAAAUAUAAUCCGCCUGAUCAUGAGGUUGUUGCCAUGGCAAGAAAACUUCAGGAUGUAUUUGAGAUGCGUUUUGCUAAGAUGCCAGACGAGCCUGCUGAGCCCUCGUCUCCUGGAGGCACCUCUGCCACGGCGGUUGUAAGUAAGAGCACAGGGAGCAGUGAGAGCAGUGCCGACUCGUCCAGCUCCAGCUCUGAUUCGGAGGAGGAAAGAGCCACCCGCCUGGCAGAGCUGCAGGAGCAGCUUGCUAGAAAGUUAUGGUCAGAUCUCAGGGCCCAACAGUGGCAGCUUGGCCAUGCUGGAGCUUCAGGCCAUGACCUUUUAAUCAACCCACCAAUACAGUCACUAGACAACGAAGGAAAAUGUUUCGAAUCCACAAACAAGCUGAAGGCUGUUCACGAACAGCUGGCCGCUCUUUCGCAGGGCCCCGUCAGCAAACCAAAGAAGAAGAAAGAAAAGAAAGAAAAGGACAAGAAGAAGAAAGACAAAGAGAAAGACAAAGCCAAGGCUAAGGUGGAAGAAGAGAAGAAGACCAAGUCCUUGCAGCAGAACAAGCCGAGUCAGCCCAAAAAGAGUUCAGCCAGGAAACCCAACAGCACAUCUACUACCAGGCAACCGAAAAAAGGCACCAAGCCAACUGGAGCAAAUUAUGAGUCGGAUGAAGAGGAAGCACUUCCCAUGUCAUACGAUGAAAAGAGGCAGCUUAGCCUGGACAUCAACCGGCUGCCUGGUGAGAAACUGGGCCGUGUGGUGCAUAUUAUCCAGUCCCGUGAGCCAUCGCUGCGUGACUCCAACCCAGACGAGAUAGAAAUCGACUUUGAGACGCUCAAGCCGUCGACACUGCGCGAGCUCGAGCGCUACGUCAAGUCCUGUUUACAAAAGAAGCAGCGCAAACCAUUACCGGGCACUGGGAAAAAGAGUGCCAAGACUAAAGAGGAACUGGUUCAGGAAAAGAAGAAAGAGUUAGAAAAGAGGCUGCAGGACGUGAGCGGACAGCUGAACAACAACAAGAAACCGCCCAAAAAAGAAAAGGCAGGCUCAGCGCCAGGGGGUGGGCCAUCUCGGCUGAGUGGCAGCAGCAGUUCUUCUGACACGGGCAGCAGCAGCUCCAGCGGCUCCAGCUCCGAGACCAGCGACUCGGACUGAGCUCUCGACAUGUACACUUCAACCUCCUCCAUUUUUCUAAUGAGUAGUGUUUGCUGUCCUGAUAGUGUCUCACCUGAAGAUCUGUUACAUAUGGAGUUAGAAGCUAAAGACAGAAGAUAUUUUAAAAUAACCUGUUGUAGAAUGCCCUUGGCUUGGAUAAAGACGUAUACAGAUAAAGAUAGCUGACAGUGGAAACAGGGGUGACCCUCAAAGGGAAACACUUGGUCAUCGCCAGAAAAGAUAUUUUUGUGGUGGUGGAGACCUUUGAGUUGUUUGUUUCCUCCCCCUGGGUUCUUGCUCAGAAGAACCCAAUAACAGGUGCAUAUUUAAUGACUGACAAACACCUGGCCGUGUUUCAGUAAAUUAGUAGCUUCAUCAUGUAUGAAAGUGUGAAGGAGCAAGCAGUUAACGUUCUCUCUUUCUGCAUUGAUGGUCAUGUAAGCAUGACAGUUCAACUCAUUCCACCUUUCUUUUACAGGUAACGAUAAUAACGUAUCGUUGCCAUUUUAAAGAAGAACUUUAUUUAUUUUUCACCUGGUAUGGUUCAUCUCCUGGUUUGCCAGGAGUUACAGAAUUAUCAAGAAUUCAGUGGAACUUAUAAUU